ACACAAUACAAGAUGAAGAUUGAAGAAAGAAGAAAGAGUGUAGUUUUGUCAUCGCUUAGGUUAGCAAUAGCAUAGAUCGGAGGUGAUGGAUCCAUCACAGUCCCACAGCAACAACCCUAAUCUGAAUCCGAAUCCGAAUCCGCUGGCUUCAUCUGUGCCAAUUUGGCCGACGAUCGACGGUUCACUAGGGCUGUCGGAGGAAGAAUCAGUGAAGUAUGCUCGAAGAUUCUACAAAUUCGGUUUCGCACUUCUUCCUCUUCUUUGGGCCGUCAAUUGCUUCUACUUCUGGCCCGUUAUUCGUCACUCCCACUCCUUCCCUCGCAUUCGCCCUUAUGUUGUUGGGUCUGCAGUUGGGUUUACGCUUUUCUCGGCGGUUCUUUGUUCUUGGGCUCUUACAUUUUCCAUUGGAGGGGAACGCCUCUUUGGCCCUGUGUGGGAUCAGUUGGUUAUGUACAAUCUUGCUGAUAGGUUAGGCCUAGCAGGCUGGAGCUAGUUGUUGUGCUUGGACCCUUAAUAGAAGAAAAAGAAUCACCUUCUUUAGUGUUUGGGGGAAUGGAUGUGUGUAUUACUGAUACAAUUAACUAUGUAUUCUGCUAUUGAAUUUGUGUAUUUCGAUCUGGUAACUGGUUCUCGGUGCCUUUACUGCUUUUCGGGCUGCAGGGUGGAUAUCAUGUACGGAGGUUUUAGAUUUAUUGUUUCAGCUCUUACUGAUUUUGCAUCUUGUCAUAGUAUGUUGUGGAACUUGAGAAAGUAUGUUGAGGAAGAAAAACUGGUGAUACAUGCAUCAUAGGUAUUGGAAGUUCAAUGAGAGGGGAAGCAAACUAUACAAUAUUUCUAAAAAUAAAUAAAGUGUGGUCAAAUAUUUAUAUUA